AUUGAUUGUUUUGUGUUGGUGUGUAGUGAGGGAGAGGGAGAGAGAGGGCAGUGCACAGACAGAGAGAGUUGCCGGAGUGUGAGAGCGAGUGCAGGCGGUGGAGAUGUCGGAUGACGACUCGAGGGCCAGCACCAGCUCCUCGUCUUCUUCUUCCUCCUCCUCCUCCUCCUCCUCCUCUUCUUCUUCUUCUUCAAGUUCCUUGCAAGCGGUGGGGAAGCAGAGCAGCGCCGCCGCCGCCAUCACCACCCCCACCGCCCACCCCCACACCAACAGCCACCACCACCACCACCACCACCAGCAGCAGCAGCACAACAACAACAACAACAGCGGCGGCGGCGGCAUCGCCGGCGGCACCAUCACUGCUACGGGCGGCGGCAGCGACAGCAACAACAGCAACAACAGCGGCGGCGGCGGCGGCGGCAACAAGAGGAAAAGAGAAGCCAAGAGCACCAUGAGCAAGAACCCCAAACUGCUCACCACCAGCGCCAAGAGGAUCCAGAAGGAGUUGGCUGAUAUCACGUUGGAUCCGCCGCCGAACUGCAGUGCUGGACCAAAAGGAGAUAAUGUCUAUGAGUGGAGGUCGACGAUCCUGGGGCCCCCUGGGUCAGUGUAUGAAGGUGGCGUGUUUUUCCUUGACAUAGUGUUUUCAGCAGAAUAUCCAUUUAAGCCGCCCAAGGUGACUUUCCGAACAAGGAUCUAUCAUUGCAAUAUCAACAGUCAAGGUGUGAUCUGUCUGGAUAUCCUGAAGGAUAACUGGAGCCCAGCUCUGACCAUCUCAAAGGUUCUUCUGUCAAUUUGUUCUCUUCUCACAGACUGUAACCCUGCUGACCCCUUGGUUGGAAGCAUAGCCACCCAGUAUAUGACGAACAGGGCUGAACAUGACAGAAUAGCAAGACAGUGGACCAAGAAAUACGCCACAUAAAUUGGAUGUCACCCGUCUACCGUCGUUUAUCUCUGAUGGAAAUGAGCUGCUUAUCGUUGGAUUGAAAGUGGGAUGGGGUGGGAGGGGGGUUGGAGGGUAAGGGGCAAGGGAAUGGGACAAGCAUUCCUAUUACAGGUUUUAACUGCAACAGUCUUUUAUUUGCAUAGUCAAAACUCUUGAUGAGCUUUGUUAUUGUAGCUUAAACAAUAAACCGUUGGUAUCUGGCAGUAGAUAGGAAAAUUCACAAUGGGGGGGGGAAGGUUGAAAGUUGUAAUAUGAUGGGUCACUGAAAGUCCAUAUUUGUUACUGUGUUGCGUGAUGCCUCUUCGAAUGGUAUGCGUUUUUAGUUGUCUGUGUUCAUUGUGUAAGAUCAAAGUUGAAAAUGCUUGUAAUACCAAUCGAAUGUCCAGAGGUUGAAACUGAUGAACAAUGUAAGGCCACAGUCAGGUUCCGAGUUCCAGCAUUUUUGAGACCUUGGUAGAAUAAUGGUCAGAUCCAACACAAUUGCCUAUAUUCAGGGAAAAGGAUUAAAUUGGCAGAAUAUUCGUAAAUACAGGGAACAGUUUUGUUUUACAAGAAGCAAAAGGGGUGGAAGUGAAAUCCCAAAUCUUUUUUUUUAAAUGAUUUGCCUUAUUUUGAUUUUAGAGUUUCAGUCUUAUUUUCUUGGUUAUGUAAUGGGGAAUUAUUUUUCUUUUGUUGGUUGUGCAUUUCUGAGUCCUGUUUAAAAUUUUAUCAGGCAUGCAACUUAUAGCUAAUAAAUUAUAAAGGACCCUGUGUCCCUGAUGGUUUCAACCUCUACAAAUGCCUGUUUUUAAACACUUUUAAUGUGUUGACGGUCCUCCUGUAGUCGAGUGAGAAUAUUAUAUUGUUAAAAUAUGUAUGGGUGCUAUUAUGAAGCAAGGAAUUCACAUAAAGAGAUGGCUGCAUUUUGAUUUCUCAUUAAUCUUUUGUAAAGAUUAACAAAAUACAAGACUUAAGGAGGAGCAAAGUGUUUGCAAUCAACAUGUGUUCAAGCUCCAUUGGCCUCCUUCCCAUUACAAAUUCAAAGAAUGUUGAACUCUACCAAAGUUUAUACAGCCACUGGUUUGUAACCACUAUAACUGCUGCAGUUUUCUUUGGAAAUUUAAAUUCAGACUGUCAAAAGUUUGUCAGAAACCACGUUCUGUAAUUAAAAAAAAUCAUGAAAAAUCUU